AUGGAGCAAGAGCAGCGAAACACUGCCCAGGCGCGCGAGGUCCUGGAGGAGGAGGCUUGUCAUCAGCGAAAGCAGGCCGGGGAGUGGGAGGCGGCAGCCAAGGCUCAGGCAGCCCUGGUCUCUGGCCUCAAAGCUGAUGUUGAGGACCAACGCAGGACCCAGCAGCGACUGCAGCACGACUUGGAGGCUCUGGAGGCUGAAAGGCGUGUGGAGAGGCGUGACCGCACAGCCCUGGCCGUCAGGCUGCGGGCAGCGGAGGCCGCGGCUGGGGCAGCCGGAGACCGGCUCACUGCCCUGCAGGGCCUGCUGAGUCAGCGCGAGGUGGACCUGGCGCGCUGCAACGCUGCCCUGGCGGAGUCGCAGGCUGCGAGGAGUGCACUGGAGGCGGAGGAGCGGCGGCUGGCGGGGGCCAUCGCCAGCCUGGGUGCCCGAGUGGACAGGGAGUGCGACGGUUUGAGGGCCGAGGUGGCAGCUCUGAAGCGGGCCGCAGAGCAGCGGGAGAGCCUGGUGACUGAGCUCACGAGCACGCAGCCCCCCGUGGAUAGAGCCUCCAUGGCCAUGCCGUUGCCAGAGUGCAUAAACAUCGUGUGCAACAACGUGAAGGGCGUGUUCUGGACCUCCAGCCAGCGCCUGACAUGCCAGUGUAGAGACUGCGCGGGCCUGGGGGAGAAAUUGGGGGUGAUGCCUCUGCAGCUGACCCCCACGGAGUUUGAGCGGCAUGCAGGCAUGGCUGCGAGCAAGAAGUGGAAGUACACGCUGCGCGUGCCCAUGGAGGGCGGCGAGGCCGCGCUGCUGGGCGACUGGAUGGAGGCCCGGGGCCUGGCCGUGAAGGCCCACCUGCGCCACCCGCGCUGCCACAUGGCGCCCCCGCUCUCCUCCGAGCGCGGCUCGGGCCUGCUGGACGCCCCGUCCGCCGCCGCCUCGCGCUCCGGCGGCAGGGAGGCGGGGCCGGCCUCCACCCGGCUGACACGCGAGGCGGCCGUCAGGCGGCGCGCUGAGGCGCCGGAGACCCAGCCCGAGCCGGCGCAAACGGUUGCCCCCGCCCCGUUGCAACCCACCUCCGCCGGACCAGCGGCGGCCCUGGCCGAUCCGGUGGUGCGGGCCGCCAGUGCGCCCUUGGCGCCGGGUUCCACGCUCGCCGGGGCGGGCGCCGGGUCGUCGUACUUCAGGCCGGUGCAGGGCGGGAGCCUGCCUGGCCCCAGGCCCCACCCUGGCUCGGCCUUCAACCCGGUGGGGUCCAGGCUGGGCGCUAACCCCCGCGACCCCCGCGUCCUCGCCCUGUACUGCCCCGGCACCGGCCUGGCGCCGGGCGAGGCUGGGGAAGGUGGGCCCGCGUCCCCAGCGUCCUCCUCGGGGUGGGGCCGGCCCGCGAGGGCCGACGCCAAGCCAGAGGUGGCCAAGCGGGCCCGCACUGAGGCCUCGCCCCUCGCUGUCGCGGUGGCGCUCGGCGCCUCCACUCCCUCGCUCGCUGGCGCGGGGGGCGCACAGCACGGGCCCCUGAUCGCCCAUGCCAGAGGCGAUCCGAGGAAGCGAGGGAGGGGGCGUGGGCGCGGGGGGCCGUCUGCCCGCAGCGUGCUCUCGCCGCAGCCGCGCGAGGCCACCCCCGGGCCUGCACACAUUGGACCCCCGCCGCAGGGCAGCGGCGCCAUCGCUACUGCGCAGCCUGCGGGGACCCGAGACCCGCCCCGCAUCCUGAAGUGGGAGCUGAGCCCCCUGGGCCAGCUCUGGCUGGGCGUCAGGCUGGGCGACCGGGAGUACACGGGGCUGCUGGCCAGCGCCGCGCCGCCGCCGCGCGUCAAGCCGCCCACCAAACCGCGGAGCGGCGUGCCGCCCCUGGCCAUGCCCCUGGGUCCGCGGGGGCCCGACCCCGCGGACAUCGCGCGGUACUGGGAGAAGCACAACCAGGGCGCAGAGGCCGGCACGCUGGACCCCGCUGCCAUCGUCGAGCUGGCGGGCAAGGCGGUCCUGCGGGGACGCGGCAUCCGGUGCCGGCUGUGCGGCGAGAAGGGCGCCACGCUGGGGUGCAUGACCACUUGCCCCGUCUCCCUGCACCUGCCCUGCGCGGCCAAGGGCGGGGGCCUCCUCCUGGUGGAGCCGUACCGCGUGGCGUGCGAGAAGCACGUCGGCGCGCGCGGGGGGGGCGCGCAGGACCGGGCGAGGGAGUCUGAGGGCACGGGGACGUACAGCGAAACCACCAGCCAGGACACCUUGGAGGACGGCAGCGGCAUCAGGCCUGAGACGGCUGCGCCCUACCAGGCCCCGCGUCAGGAGGCGGCAAGCGUGCGCCCUGUGACGGGGAAGAAACCCAGCCUGGGCUUCAAAACGCCGUACGCCAACCUAUCAGCGCUGGACACCCUCUCUAUUGUUGCGCUGAACCAUUGA